AUGGGAAGAAGCGCUCAACAGCAAGCGGUCCUCAGCAUUGGCAAUUUGCACGCUCUGAAAGAACAGAACAGACUAUUUCAGAACUUAUCCCCUUAUCAACCUGCCACAAAAUCAUCACAAAUAUGGAAUUUACUGAGUGGCGAAAUCCCUCCUGAGCUGGGGAACCUAAAGACAGUGACCCAUAUAGAGAUUGGCUACAAUUUCUACCAUGGAAGCAUCCCAUGGCAAUUGGGAAGCAUGCCCAAACUUCAGUACCUCGAUAUGGCGUAUGCCAAUCUCUCCGGCCCAAUCCCUGACUAUCUCAGCAACCUGGCCAAUCUUCAUACUCUGUUUCUCUUCAGGAACCAACUCAGCGGAUCGAUUCCAUGGAGCUUCGGCAACAUAACGUCUCUCAUGAACAUAGACCUGUCUGAAAACCAGCUCUCUGGAUCCAUACCGAAGAGCUUCGCAGGCUUGAAGAAUCUUCGUCUGCUCAGUCUCAUGUAUAACAGCAUGAGCGGUUCAAUUCCAGAUGGAAUUGCAGACCUUCCCGCUCCUCGAUACACUUCUAAUAUGGAACAAUCUCUUCUCAGGCCCGCUGCCGCAGAGCUUGGGCAGGAAUUCUUAGCUGAAGUGGCUCAAUGUUUCUACAAAUGGUUUUACGGGGAUUGUUCCACCUGA